AUAUAUAAAAAAUUACAUCAUCAUCAUCUUCAGACCAAGGGCAUUUUGCAUCAUCUGUUGAAUUGAAUUCCUGCACUUUAUUCUGUAUUCACACUCAAUCCUGCAACAUAUUAUAUUGUCCUAACUUUGCUUAACUGUCAAGAUUUAUUUAUAACACAAAAUUAAUUUACAAUGUCGUUAAACUUGGAGGGGAAAAAGUUCCUCGUAACUGGAGCUGGUCGAGGAAUUGGACGUGGCAUUGCCGAGAAAUUAUAUCAACUUGGUGCAACUGUACACGCAGUUUCUAAAACACAAUCGAAUUUGGAUCAAUUAAAAACCAAAUGUCCAAACAUGAAGACUUACAAGGUCGACUUAUCAAAUUGGGAGGAAACUAGGCAAAUCAUUUCUGCCAUUGAAUGUGUUGAUGGUCUCGUUAAUAAUGCCGCAAUUUUGAUGGAUUGUUCCAUCAUGGAAGCCAAAUUGGACGACUAUGACUUAAUUUGGAAAACCAAUGUAUCCUCUGUAUUAAAUAUCAGCCAGAUUGUUGCUACAAAAAUGAUAGAAAAUGGAAAAUGUGGCUCCAUUGUAAACAUUUCUUCCAACGUUGUUAACGCUGGUGCUCCCACCUUAUCGAUGUACGCGUCCUCAAAGGCAGCCUUGGAUCGAUUAACCAGCUCAAUGUGCCUCGAAUGGGGAAAGCACAAUAUUCGUGUCAACUGCGUUAGUCCUUCCAUCACGGAAACGGAUAUGAUUGGAGAUUUUAAAGAACAAAAGGAAAUCUGUGCCGAAUUUAUUGCACGUACCCCGCUGGGAAGACUGUUAGUCGUGGAGGACGUCAGUGGACCAGUACUUUUCAUGUUGAGCGACUUAUCAAAAAUGAUAUCUGGGCAACAAUUGAUCAUCGAUGGUGGAUAUAAUUGUUCCUGAUUCACGAAAAUAUGUAUCCGUGAUGCGUAUAGUAUACUCUUACGUAGUAUUAAAAAUAAUGUGACGCUUUCGAAAAUCAAAUGCACUCUGAAUUCUAUAUCCAGUAAACGAUACUCAAUUCAGAGUUAACUUUACCCUUGAUUAGGGUUUUACAUUGUCAGUGUCAACGGAAUAAAUGUCAUGUCAUGUCAUAAAUGUCAUGACAUGUCAAUUUGUCAAUUUUUUGUCAUAAAUGUCACAGCUUCAAAAUGUAUGACAUUUAUGACAAAUAUGACGGACAUUUAUGACAUUUGUCAUAACUGUCAAUCUCAAUAUACCCCGUGACCAGGUAAUCUUAGCAGUAGCUAUUAAAACUUCUUUCUCUCAUUGCAAUUCAACGAGUCAAGAAAUGUUCUUGUUUUAUCGCCAUCCGCUCGUAUUUAUAUAUAUUUAAUUGUAAGUAUAACGUCAAAUUUAAUUACCUUUCACAGUUUCAUUGAAGAACUUUAAAGUUAGAAAUUUCCUCUUUUCCGCCUGCUUUAAUUUUAUCUAUAGUUCUCUUAGUUUGAUUGCCAAGUAGAUUCAGUCUCCCGGUCUACAACUGUAAAUAUUUAAAUGUUGUAAGCAUUGGUAGAAUUAGUUGCAGUUAACUCUGCCAAGUUGAUCGUAACUAGAAACGUUUAGAAAAUAUGCACCGAGCUGGCUGCAACUUCCUUUAUAUCCUGCUGGAUGAAUUAUGUAUCGAGUGAAUUAAUAUAUGACCUUACUAAACUCUGUCGACUACCAGUGGUCCAAGCUUCACAUUGCUCUCAUAUUUAACGAAAAACAUUUUAUGUUAUCCGAAAAGACAGACUUCAGGUCAAUAUAAUUGGAAGAAACAUGUCUGGAAUCGACCAACUCCUCCAAAUAAAUGCUUCCAAUAAAGCUGAUGAUCAGAGACAAACGGAAUAAGUUGUAAUUUUAGGAGCGAAAGUCAAUUGACGACUUUAAUUUUUGAAUAUUAUAUUAAUAUAAUAUUUCUAGUGUCGUUCGUAGUAAAAAAUUAUAUGAGAGGAAAGAAGUGUAGCUGAAAAACAAAAUAUACCCCCUACGACGAUUUUUUAUUUGGGGAAAAUGAGAUAGAAAAUGAAAAUGUCAUAAUUGUCAAUGACAAGUUGACAGAAAAGUUGACAAUUUCGAAUUUGACAAAUUUUCAUAAAUGUCAUAAUUGUCAAUAAAAAUAAAUGUCUGACAUUUAUGACAUUUAUGACAUUUAUGACAUUUAUGACAUGUCAAAAUGUCAUGACAAGUUGACAAUGUAAAACCCUACCCUUGAUCAAGUUAAUAUUUCUCUUGAUUUGAUAUAGUUUGCUUGUUCUUCUUUUAGAAGGGGAAACAUUAUACUUUUAUUAAUUUCAUCCAAUUACAUCAUCAAUUUGAGAAAUAAUUCCUCCAAACAUUGUAAAUAUGUAUUUGAAGCCCAAUUGGCAUACCAGCUUUGUCACUGAGAGUGUAUGGAAAUUGAAAUAAAAUAAAAAUAGUUUUUGUUAUUCAACUUUAAAAAAAUUUUGCAAAAUUA